CCCGCGCGCCACUGAAGCUCGAGACGCGGCGCCGCGCAGUGCCCGCCGACACACACAGGGGGGGCGAUGGAGCGGGACGUGUCUCGCCUGUAGCGCCUCUCCGAGGGGACAGGGCACGGCGGGACACCGGCGUGGGACACCGCGGGACCCCGCGCGCACGGCACUCCGCGCUCCUCCGCGAGCCUCCUUCCAUUGAUGUGCCCGUUAAAUAAAGAGUCACAGGGAAGCCAGAGAGAAAGAGGCGGCCGACAUGACUUCGGUGUGGAAGAGGCUGCAGCGCGUGGGCAAGAAAGCCUCCAAGUUCCAGUUCGUGGCGUCCUACCACGAGCUCACCGUGGAGUGCACCAAGAAGUGGCAGCCAGACAAAUUGAGAGUGGUGUGGACCAGGAGAAGCAGACGGAUCUGUUCUAAACUCCAUGGCUGGCAGCCCGGGAUCAAAAACCCAUACAGGGGCACAGUAGUGUGGCAGGUGCCUGAAAAUGUGGAACUCACAGUCACCCUAUUUAAGGAUGUCAACGCUGAAGAGUUUGAAGAUAAAGACUGGACAGUUGUUAUCGAGAAUGAAUCGAGGGGCCGUCGCAAGCUGCUGGCUUGCGUAGAAGUAAACCUGAGAAAGUAUGCCGGCGCCACGCCUACCCAGACAGAAUUGAUGCUGCAGCUGCGGCCGCUGUCGGUCAAAGUGGUGGAGGCCUCACUCAAGCUGUCUCUGUCAUGCAUCUUCCUCAAAGAGGGCAAGGCCACUGAUGAAGACAUGCAGAGCCUGGCCAGUCUGAUGAGCAUGAAGCACUCUGACAUCGGGAACCUGGAAGACUUCAACGAAAGCGACGAGGAGGAGGACAGAAAGCCAGUUGCUGGAGUUACUGGACUGAUCAUUGCAACACCAGCACAGAGGGUUCAUGAUCAGGAGUGGAGACCCGUGAUGGUGACGUGCCCAUCUGCACUAGCUCCAACAGCCAAUGAAAUGGAGCAAAGUGGCAGUGUUGGCCCUGCACCUGACUCCUCCAUCCUGCCGCGGCCCCCCCAGAGUCCACUCCAUAACCCUUUUGUUAUACUCCCCCCACCUGUCCGCAACCGGUACCCUGACGCGCAGACGCGCACUUCUCCCUAUGCCUACACAGUGCCCGCGUUUGUCCGCGCCCACCCACCAGCACUGCCGAAAAUCUUCCAUCCCCCCGUGGCCUCAGCCCCCAUGUCUAUAGUGCAGGGGUCUCUGGGGGGCAGCUCUAAUCCUGCGACUGAUGUUGGCCACCCAGCUGAGGCCUCCUUGGUCUCUACAGUGUCCAGCUCAAGACCCCUUCCCUCCCAGCCCUCGUCCACCUCCAGCUCACCUGCUUUCCCUCAAUCUUCUCACCCUGGGGUCCUUCAGACAGCGUGCUGUCCUCUGACUCGAACCAAUGCCUUGAGGCCACAGAGUGCCUCUGCCUCUCGGUUCCCCAAUAUCCCUGUUAGUUCUUCCCCACCGGGGGGCCAUCAGCCGAAGGCAACUCUGGCCGCUCUCCCUGAACCGGGCUGCGUCCUCACCAGGCCCGCCAGCCUGCCCUCUGCCCCGCACACAGGUACCACCCUGGCACAUGUCUCAGCACCCUGGCAGAGUGAGUGGAGGCCUCCCAAAGCACAGGCGGCUCUGUCGUCUGGCCUUUCUCCGUCCUAUUUUGGCACCUCUCCCACUGACACUAUGCAAACAGAGCCGAGCUUGAAGGCUUUGUGCGAUCUCACCAUGCCUUUGAGCCCCUCCCUUCCAGAAGCCCCUCCCUCAUCUCCUGUAUUGUUCAAUCAGGACCCUGCAACUCACCCUGCUUGUACCUUAGGUGUUUCACAUACCUCAGCGGUACAGUAUACUUCUACAGGUUCAGCAAUACCUGUCCCUAGUGUUUCUCCUUUACCUGUCUCUACUGUUUCUGAUUCACCCACUCAUCCCCUCUCACCUGUAUCUGCCCUUACUGACUAUACUCCACAUAGCCCUGCUGUUUCACCCAUACCUGGUCCUGGUUCAUCUUUACCAGCCCCUGUUGUUUCACUCAGAAGUGCCCCUAUUUGUCAUUUGACCGCAGCCCCUAUUCCAUCCAUUUCUGCCCCUGUCUGUACUAUUUCAACCACACCUGCCCUCAGCGAUUCACAAAUACCUGCCCCUAGUAUGUACCCUAUGUAUUCACCUAGUUCUGUUGAAGCUCCUUUACUUGCCUCUUGCCCUACUGCUGCUCCUGUACCUGCUGCUCCUGCCCUUUGCCUUAUCUCUGUCCCACCCCCUGCUGUGGCUGAGGCACUGCCCGCUGUCGCCCAGUCAGAUUACAUUUCUGUGCCUUCUGCCCUGGGGAAUGGUCCUACUGUGGUUCCUAGCACCUCUUUUCAAACCCCAUGCCCCAUUCCCCUUGAGACCCCAGCGACUCAAGUCUCUCCUCUGAAGCAGUUUUACAAGCCUAUCCAGCCAGAGGGCUUCUCCUCACCUGACACACUCAGUGAUGUCCAGAGACACCUGAGCACACUAACAGAAGAAGAUGACUACUCUGUUUCUGCAGUAGAGCAGCAUGAUUCAUUGAAGCCCCAGGUUGCACAGGCCACACCCCUUAGCAUCAGCAAGCCAGAUGAUUCCCGGACCCCCCGCAGCGCUAGCAGCAUCAGCAUUGCUUGCCCCCCCUCCUUUUCCAAAGAGCCAAGAGCCAAUGAGCAGACGUGUGCCACAGAACCAACGAGACACCAAACUGGCCUGGCACCAAAGCCAAUACCGGGCAUGGCUAUUCUUCAGCCAUCUUGUCCAAGAGUUGCCAGAGUUCCAGGUUUUCCAUCACUGACUGUCAAGACAGACGAAGCCUUGGUAGAAAAGUGGCUGGUGGAAAAGCCUCCAAUUUGGGAAAAGUUAAAUAAAGACAAGUCAGAACGUGCCUUGGUUCUGUGUGAGGACUUGGAUGGAAAGUAUGAUGACAAAGGCGCUUUCAAAAGAAUGGCUGCUCUAGUUCCAUGUUGUCCAAGAGCAGCCAAGAUUCCCGGUUUUCCAUCUGUGCAGAAAUCAAAGGUGCCAGAAGUCCAGAUACCAAGAAUGUUAAGCCUUCUGCCUUGUUGCCCAAAUAUAGCCAGUGUUCCUGGUUUCCCUUCAAGAAAGCAAAUGUGGACUGAGGAGGCCCAAGUACAAUUAUGGCCCGUGGACAGAAGUCCACUUUGGAAAAGGGAAGCAUUGAAACCAGUGAUAAUCCUGUCAUCUUUUCAAACACAGGAUAAAACAUAUAAAAACAAAGAAAUAAUUCAGAUGAUGGGAAAUCUCCUUCCGACAUGCCCAAGUGUGACAAGUAUUCCUGGAUUCCCCUGUGCACAGUUGCCUAAACUAAAGGAUGCCUCAUUUAAUGAGAAGCCGAGCAUUUCAGCUCUUCUUCCAUGUUGCCCUCAAAUAUCUGCCAUUCCUGGUUUCCCUUCGAAACAGCUAGUAAAAUAUGAGGUGUGUGAACAAAAUAUGUAUUUCAGUGACAAGAAAAUCAUCUGGCAGAUGCCAAAAAAGCAAAGACUUAAACUUGACUGGUUUUUUUCUCCAUCCCUGGACAGAUCAGACAUUUUUAAAUCCAUGAUGUUUCUAGUACCAUCUUGCCCAAAUGUAGCCAGUAUUCCUGGGUUCCCUUCUGUGCCGAAAGAACGCAAAACUUUAGUGGAAAAGGUUCAAAGGAUGGAAAAUCUUCUCCCGUCUUGCCCAAAAUUUUCAAGAAUUUCUGGGUUUCCGUCAUCAGGGCUAGUUCAUCCUGAAGUUCAAAAGGAAGACUGGAUGUUGAUGAAAAAGCUGCACCUGGAAAAGCCGUUGAAACAGAAGCAAGUACAGAUAUCCUUCCGAAACCUAUCUGGAGUGUAUGCAGACAGAAAGGUCAUAGAAGGCAUGGCGGUCUUAGCACCAUCUUGUGCAAGAGUAGCCAGUAUUCCUGGGUUCCCCUCAUUGCUAAGGCAACUAAGGAGAGAAGACACUUCUGAAGAGGUGAUGUACUCAAUGACUACUAUGAGGACAUCUUGUUCAAGAGUAUCAAGAAUAUCUGGCUUUCCUUCUUUGCAGCCAGCCAACUCAGAAGAAAUUCGAAUCAAAGUCUGGUCAUUUGAUAAAGAACCAUUGUGGCAAAAGCCACUGAAGCACAGCCAAGUUUGCUACUUGGAACCUUGUUCUACCCUUUCAAGAUUAGAAGAAGACAAGGAAAUGAUAAGACACAUGACAGCUUUGAUGCCUUGUUGCCCAAGAGAAGCUAGGAUUUCUGGAUUCCCUUCUGGCUACUUACAGCCCUCCAGCUGUCAAUCCCAGCUUGUUUCAUUUAGAAGCCAUACUGAGUUAAAGAUGAUAUUAGAUGACAAAAUCUUUGCUCCUCCGGAUGGAACUACAGGGCCUAGUCAUCAGGAAUACACUUCUGGUAUUCCAUCAUGGAGUACAAUGGAAAAGAAUUCAGUCAAAGAAUCUUCAUCACAUCUAAUGAUGGGAUCCCAGAUACUGAAGGAACAGGAGGAGCCAGAUUGGACCACUCUGGAAAGUGGGCUCUUGCAUUGCAGAAUGUGGCACUCUAUUCCCAUAGAUAUGCCAUUACUCUUGACCAUUAGAGAGAGCCCCAGGGGUGUGGUUGCCAUCCCUGGGACUACCUCUCUGAUGCCAAAUAAAAACAUAGACACCAAACUGAGAAGCCGUGAAAUCCCUCAACGCCCCUCCUCGCCCCCACCCCUUACGCUCAAACCUGAAAUCCAGCUCCCCAGGAGUGGUCUGCCUCUGUUCUCUACAAUAGAUGUUGAUUUGUAUGAAGAGAUACAUGAUGAGCGAAAAACACCAGGCAGUCAAUUAACUAAUGAGACACUGGUCCAAGCAGGAAGCCUGUUGUGGGAUGCAGUGGAAAAAACUAAGGGUGAAGGACCCAAGCCAGAAUCUGGAAUGGACCUGGUGGCUAAUGAGAGUAUUUCAGAUGAGCGGCAGGAGGAGGAUAUCUUCUGCACAGAGGGUCCAAGAAAGACAAACGUGGAGAUGAUACCUAUAAGUAUGGUUGAUCUGCGGCCAACUUGUUCAACAUUUGGAAAACUUCCUGGGUUUCCAUCCUUAAAUGUGCCCAACAAAAUGGAAUCUAAUGGAGAAGACUGGCCAGUGGAUAGGAGAUUGUUAUGGGAGAAACCAAUGAAAUUAAAAUCUGAGCUGACUGUACCACUCUGUUUGGACACUUCAGAAAUAGACCACGAAGGAAUAAAAUAUAUGGCUGCCCUUUCACCAACAUGCCCAAGGAUAGCCAGAAUUUCUGGUUUCCCCUGUACACAGUUAUCAAAGAAAACCCAAGUGGAUCAGGUGCCAAACAUGUCAGUUCUUCUGCCAUGUUGUCCAACACUAUCAACGAUUCCUGGUUUCCCUAGUAGAAAACAGCUUGAGUUAGAUGAAUGUUACAAGAAAAUGUGGCAUACCAUCAAAGACAUAUUGUGGAGGAAACAACAGAAGGAAAAGAUACAGUUUGCCCUUUUUUCCUCUCCAGUACAUGACACCUUAAGUGAAGACAGUUUGAAAUGUAUGAUGUCUUUAGUGCCAUCUUGCCCAAGCGUGACUACCAUUCCUGGAUUCCCUUCUGUACCAAAGCCUAAAGCACAGAAGGAUGAGGUAGAAGUUGUUGAAUGUAUGGUGAAUCUCCUGCCAUUAUGCCCGAGAUCUUCUAAAAUUCCUGGGUUUGCAUCAUUAAGUUUGGUUGACAGAGAAAUCCACGAGGAAGAUUGGUCGUUGGUUAAAAAACCUUUGUUAGAAAAAUCACUGAAGCAAAACUCAAACCUACUGCUGCCUUCUUCUACACCCAUCUAUGGAGAACAUGUAGAUACAGAAAUCCUGAGUGAUAUGGUUGCCCUGACACCAUCCUGCCCAACAGCUAGUAUUCCUGGGUUCCCUUCUGUGGCAAAAAAGAAAACAGAAAAAUCUGGAAUAGAAAAUCAGCCUGGCACCAAUGACACUCAUGUACAGGUGGAAAAGAAUCUCAUGAGCAUUUUUCUGGAAGGAAAAGCUAUGGACAAGGCAAAGGAAAUUGGAGUGAACAUGGCUAUAGGGGAAUCUCCUGAAUGUGAAGUGAGUGGAGGUGUCCCUGACAGCCCAAACACAAAGUCAUCUGUAAAAAGGGGAGUCAAGUUGCUGGAGAAGCCAUUUUCAUCUACAGCUCAUGAUGGAACAGACAGGAGCCAAUUCCCCAGUGAAAGGCCCUCAGUGUUUCAGUUUCCCACUCAGUUUUCUGAACCCUUAAGUAGUCCUCCUGAGUUCCUUGGCAAUUUUAAGAUGAUGCCAUUUGCCCAGGCUCAGAGCUCUGAUGAAGGAAUAAGGCUGCAGUGUCCUGGGGUUGCUUCAGAUCUUGAAAAGGGAGUCAGUAGUGUUGGAGAAGAGGGAGUCCUGUCUCAGUUAGCCCAAAGUGAGAGGCAGCAAAAAGAUAUGUAUAAGGCAAAACAGUCAGAAGAGCAUUUCCAAGGGGGGAUUGUUGAAGAAGAGGGCUUAGCAACAAGACACAAGGGCACUCCAGUGGAGCUUAUGAAGACAAUAGUGGGUGUUCUACACAAAAGUUUUGAGACAAUGGCUGCCUUAUUGCAGCCAGGUGAUCCUACUACAGACACUCCCUCUGGAGAGCUACACAUGGAUACUGUGGUGGAUGUACAGUCCACUGAGCCACUUCCAUCUUCCCAUCCUGGGACUCUGUCAUCUGAAGCCCAUCAUAUUCUUGCCCAGGAGCCUUCUACUUUCGACCAUGAAGUGGAGAAACCUCAUUCUAAGGAGUUAAGCAGUGAGGGGAUAACUGAUUUUCCAACAAACACAAAGCUAAACUACUUUGUGGGAAACAAAAGGAAGCAGGAAAAAGAUCUUUCUCCAUCUCCAUCGUUAAUAAGAUCAAGGGAAGAAGAAUACAGUGAUGAUACAGGAAAGAGCUCUAUGAGAAAAUGGCCACCACUAACAGAGGCAGACCUUGACAAGAUGACCUUUAAUGAACUUGUAAAGACAGAUGAUGAAGACACUGCUUUAGAGGAGGACUCGAAAGAUUUAAAUGAAUUAAAAGUCAAAGACCAGGACCAGGAUUCUGGGCAAAUGUUAGGGAAGGAGAGGAGAUCAGAGGAAGUGGGAGCAAUGUUGUCAGCAACCUCAUGUCUGGACAUGGGCCUCCAUACAGAAUGUUCCAAACUGCAACCAUCUGAUCUGAAAGGGGUCGUUUCUUCCGAUGUCAGUAUUACACAUGAAGAUUCCCACAUUGAAGAGCAGCCACCAGUGCAUGAAAAACCACUAGAGGAUCUACAGGACAGAGCUACUGAUGUAGUCCCACCUCAGUGCCACAGGAAGAAAGGCAUCCGAUUUCCACGCAUCUCACGGGAUGUGACACAGUCCAGCAGUGGUGAGGAAACAAUACCUUUCUUGAAAGGUAUUACUUUAAUUCCAAAACACCAUGGCAAGAAGAAAGCUCUCCCUUCUCAUCCGUCCCAUGAUGAAGUAAUCCAUGAGAAUCCUAAACAAAAGACCAUUUCUGUCCUGGCAGUCAAAAAGCUUUUUCCAUCUUGGUCUAUUAAAAAGAACAAGCCUCCUCAAGAAGGACUGGUAAAAACAGGGGAUGAUGAUGAUCAAAGCGUUUCUGAAGAUAACAGAAAGAUGGACUCUGGAGACCAUCUCUGUCUUGGCAUACCAUUGGACCAGGUAGAAGCUACAAUGGACUCUUCAGGAGAUACACUUCUAUGCAAAGAUUGCCAGCCAUCUACUGAAGAGCAUUUACUAUUUGCAAAAACAGACAUGCCUGUGCCAAUGCCAAGAGCAAAGAAACGUCUUAGUGGUUCCUUCCCAGAUGAUGUACCACUUUCCAGCAUUGUUCUGCAUUCCUUAGCUCCAGUGGAUAUGGAAUCUGCUAAUCAAGACAAAGCAACAGCUAAAACACCCUCUGAGCACAGUGAGCAAAGUGUACUCACGGACAGCAUACAUGAGAAACCUGCUCCUGUCUUGCUGACCCACGAAAUUGUGCCACCCCAGCAUUGCAGAAAGAGGCAGCACAAAACAAGGAGUGACACAGAGGAGGGAGGAGCUACAGAAAAGAAGAAUAUGGACACUGAGAAAGAGAAUUUGACCAGCUCAGAGACUCUAUCUGAAAAGGACCAGUCCCAAGCAACUCAGCCACCUGGGGUUUUUGGCAACCCUUCUCAGGAGUUCCACUCUGAGGCCCAGAAGCCUCUUGAAAAUCUGCCCGUCCCGAUUCCUCGUACAAUUAAGCGGGCUGGUGACAUUUUCCCAGAUGAAACUCCACCUUCUCACUUACACUCAUCAUCUCAUUCAGACAGUAGUGAUACUAAUGUACCCUGCUUUCAGGAUGGCAAGGAAUUUGCAAAUCGUAUUGAGAUACCAGAAGGCAAAAAUACCUUGAACAAUGAUUUUGAACGUUUAAAUAAAUGUUUAAAUGAGAAGCCUGAUCCUGUCCCUAGAGUGGAUGAACCCAUACCUCCUGUGCGCAACAAGAAGAGCCAGCUUCCACAAGGGGGAGUGAAUGCUAGGGAUACUCAGAAUGAGGAAGUUAGCAAGGAAAAGCUUAUUACUGAUUUUAAAGAGCAGUCUUGCGAUGACAGGGUGGCAGGUAUUGAAAAAGAACUACUUUGUGGACCGGUUCCUAUUCCUCGAGCGAAGAAACGCCAGAGUGGCUCCUUCCCAAAUAAUAUUCCACCCCCACAUUCUCUGUUGCCCUCUCAGGUUGACAUCUCUGUAGACAAAGUGGAUGGCAGACAGUCCAUCUCUUGUGAAGCUGUUCCAACCCCAGUUCCUGAUGAAUGUUUGCCAUUAUCAUUUUUAGUCAAGAAUUUGGGUGGUCUUCAGAAGGAACCUGAGGCUUGCAGAGGAGAUACCUUGCCUAUGCUGGGUACAGCAUCAGAUGACAGAGAUUAUGGAAAGGAUGUUGAGACAGCUCAAUACCUGCCAACAACUCUUCCCUGUUUCUUAAAUGAGAAUUUAUCCGUGAUUUCCCCAGAGUCCCUCAUUUUGGACUUAGGUACACAUGAAAAGAGUAUGGAGGUUGCCAGUGAAAGUAUGGCUUUCACAGAGUCCGCUGAGGAUGCUGGAGUCCUUGGGAAGAUACCUUCUGCAGAGCUUCCCAUAGACCAGGAUGAGAGCUUGGUAGUGAGUGGGACCAAGGAGAGAGCAUUUGAAAAGAAGCAGUCAGAUACAGACUUUAAGACAGACAUCAUGGUAGAGAAUGAGGACUCUGGGGAAGAACAGGAUAAAGCAUCUGUAUGCACUGUACAGGCUGCCACUGCCUUUGAAGGAGAAAGCAGCAGAGACAGACAAGAGAUGAGGGAGGUGACUAAAGAAUUACCCAUUCCAAUGCCUCGUGUAAAGAAACGCCUAAGUGCCUCUUUCCAAGAAGAUGGUCCACCUUUGUCAUCUAAUCAAGAGGAAGCAGAUGUCCCAGUCCCAGGCCAAAGGAGAGAGGGCAACGUCUCCUCAACUCCAGUUUCUCAGGAAGUCUCUAGCCCUGCUGAACUAGUGCAAUCAAGCCAGUCACUGCUGCAGUGGUGCCAGGAGGUCACUGCGGGUUACAAAGGUGUGAAGAUCAGCAACUUCAGUACUUCUUGGCGCAAUGGUUUGGCAUUCUGUGCCAUCCUACAUCAUUUCUGCCCGGAUAAGGUGAACUAUGAAAUGCUGGACCCUUAUGACAUCAAGACAAACAACAAAAUGGCUUUCAGUGGGUUUGCAGACCUUGGCAUUUCCCCACUACUGUCCCCUUCGGACAUGAUGUUACGGGCUGUGCCGGACCGCCUGAUUGUGAUGACUUAUCUGAGCCAGAUCCGCACCCAUUUCACAGGCCAGCAGCUCAGUGUCCUUCAGAUCGAGCACAACAGCAGCCAGUCCAGCUACACUGUGGCUGAGCCUGAUGAGGGUACAGACACAGAUGCGGCUUUCCGUUACUGUGCUCAAAAGCUGCAGGCUGGGGCCAUCCCAAUGGAAACCAACGGAAGGUUAGCUGAGGGGCUCGCUAUGUUCAGCAGAAACCUGGUUCCGCCCCCUAGAACCAAGCGUGUUCUGAAAGUUGAGGAACAUCAGUCAGCAACCCAGUCGGGAGGACAGGGAGAAGGUCAGACACCUGUCGCACCGCUCAGGACCCGUGGCUCCACUGCCAGGUCCAGUUUCACCCGUGUGAGGGAUGCUGACCUUGUGAAGAAGCGGCGCUCGCAGUGCAGGAGCCUGUCCAUAGAGGACACAGAGAUACCUGAGCAGAAGGGCACCCCACAAAGUACUGCAGAGGACCCCCAGGGGGAGAGAGUCAGUGUAGCAAAGAACGGCUUGUCAGGUGCUGGAAGGUGUGAGGAAGGUGUUCAGCAGCCUGCGGCGCAGGCAGAAGAGGCCCGACAGGAACAGAAAGAUGAAAUGGAUAUCAGUCAGUAUGCACUGAGCGAGAUGCAAGCCUUGGAGAGUGAGCAGAAGCACAUCGACAGAAGGGCAACUGUGGUGGAGAGGUCCUUGAGGCAGCUUAUGGAGACAGGCAGUGACCGUGUGGAGGAGGAGAAGCUGAUACAGGAGUGGUUUACUCUGGUCAACAAGAAGAAUGCCCUCAUCAGGAGGCAGGACCACCUGCAGCUGCUGCAAGAAGAGCAGGAUCUGGAGAGGAGGUUUGAACUGUUGACCCAAGAACUGAGAGCCAUGAUGGCUGUGGAAGAUGGGCAGAAAACACAGGCCCAGCAGCACAGGGAACAGCUGCUACUGCAGGAGCUGGUGUCGCUGGUCAACCAGAGGGAUGAGCUGGUCCGGGACAUGGAUGCCAAGGAGAGGGGGGCCCUGGAGGAAGACGAGAGGCUGGAGCGGGGCCUGGAGCAGAGACGCAGGAAGUACAGCCGCAAGGAAAAGUGUGUUUUGCAGUGAGAGCCGAGGGAGCACGGCCUGCCCACAGUCCCAUUGCUGCGGAUCCACAAGCAGCACACACACAGACAUGGACAGCACCUUAUGAGAACCUGGACCCAACUCUCGAGCCAUUCGAGGUUCCUGAGGUUCAGGUUAAGACAUUUCGACCAGCCUUGACUCUUUUGGAGCUCAACGGGCUAGGCUGCAUUUUGGUACAACAUUUUUGACUGUUUACUGCUGCAUUGUUCACUUACGCAUUUAGGGUGUUUUCACAAAUGUUCUGCCUCUUUAUUUGCCAUUACAUUUUGUUUUAAUCACAGUGGAAUUGGUUUGCUUUUGGAAAUGUUUGCCCCGCACGUGUUGCGAUGCAGAGUUCACACACAAUGCAAGUGUGUUUUGUUUCAAAGCAGUAGACCCAGCAGUAAAUUCUCCACUACCUUACUACGUGGGCUUCUCUCAUUAUCUAAUGCAUGUUGUUAUUUUACAGGGUUUUGGCUGCAAAUUCCUGU